AUGUCUUCACCAGGCAACCAGCCCCAGCUGCCGCCGGAUCAGGACCGUGGUCCGGCACUCGAGGCGCUGUAUUGGACAUUGUCGGCGUUUUCAAUACUGUUACUGAGUUUGCGGUUUUAUGCACGCACGAGAAUUGGUGCCUUGGGGUGGGAUGAUUGGAUGAUGCUCAUCACAGUGGCCCGUGAGCUGAUUACACCGCCGCAGGUCCUUUUCGUGGUCGCAACCUGUUUUGUGACCUACAUGGCGAGUAUAGGGGGUGCCAGGCAUAUUUUCUACCUCGACGACGAGCAGAGACAAGAGGCUAUCAAGUGGAGCUGGAUUGCGCAGCCAUGGGCGAUUUUCCUGUUCGCCACCGGCAAAGCGUCAGUUGCCAUUCUGACACUUCGCUUCAUCGGACGCAAUACCUUCUGGCGGAAAUACACAUUGUAUUUCAUCAUUGUCACCAUUUUCAUCAUCAACUCGCUGGGCUGCAUCUUCACCUUCGUCCAAUGCGAUCCACCCCGUGCCUUAUGGACUGCGGGAAUUCCGGCCAAGUGCUGGGACCCCAAGGUCCAAACAAAUUUCAACUAUUUCUUGGCUGCCUGGAAUAUUAGCUGUGAUAUUGUUUUGGCUCUACUGCCCGCAUCGUUUAUCAGCAAGCUCAAUCUGGAUUUUCGUCGAAAACUUGCACUCUGUGUACUGCUAGGUCUUGGAUUGUUUGAUGCUGUCUUUAGUGGAAUAAAGGUGAAGUUCCUUUUCGAUCUUACGGCUCGCGCUGACUUUACCUGGUCUUUGUUCGAUGUUCAAGUAUGGACCGCUAUUGAGGCUUUCGUGAUGAUCGCGUGUGGCAGCCUUCCUCCACUUCAACCCCUCUGGGACCGAUUCGUUACGCAUAAGCGCGAUGCAUCUUACGGCCGUACGCCACUCAAGUACAGUGGGGGUUCGAGCAAAAAUAGCGACAGAGUUUGGCCUGGCGUGCCCAGCCUUAACUCUUCACACAAUAGAAACCAAUACGCCUUCGACACACCGGACGUUAGCCAGUUGGAACACGAAAUGCCCUCUUCCAGAUAUACCAUACAUCGUACGACCGAUGUCAAAGUCGAGAGAAGUCACCCUGACAUGGUCUAG